AUGGGCGGCGGGAACAGGGUGUACGUCAGCCGCAAGCAUGUCAUCCCCGAACUCCCGCCAGGCUGGCUCUGCUGCUGGUGUCUCUCAGCUUGGGCAGCUUACCUGAUUGUGCACGAGACAAGCAACAUAAGCAACCUCCUUGUGUUCGGAUUGGGCUUUCUCUUCGUGUUCGCCGUCUUAGGCCGAUGGGCCGCGUUUCUUGCCGCGUGGCAGCCAGCGGACAGCCGCCCGCCCAUAAUGCAUGCUCUCGGAAGACUAGGGGCCAGCCCGGUCCUGACCUAUUUCGGAGUGAACUCGUUCAGCCUCGAAAUUGGUGGGCAGCGCUUGCUGGUUGACCCGCUGCUCGUGGGGAGCCUGGUCUUCUUCGGCCAGCGUUGGGCCUUCCGCGGCAGCCCUCGCAUGGACGCCGUUCCAAAACCUGAGGACGUUGCGGACAACUUUGAUGCCAUAGUGCUGACGCAGGGCCUGGACGACCACACGCACCAGCCUACCCUGGAACGCAUCGACCGCAGGGUGCCAAUCAUUGCCAAUCCCAGCGCUGCCUCGACGGUGAAGUCCAUGGGGUUCCAAGAUGUGUCCGUGCUGCGCCCGGACGAGUCCCUGUCCUUGGGGUCGCUUCGACUUACAGCGGUGCCCGGCAGCGUGGUUGGCCCGCCCUGGCAGGAUCCGGAGAACGGAUACGUGUUUGCAGACACACGACCGGGUGGCCUCUCUAUAGGCCUGGAGCCCCAUGGCAAUUUCCUCGGCCCGGCGCUGGGCACGUCCUUCCAGCGGCUCCCAACACCACCCACGCAGAGCGUGGACGCUCUGAUUCUGCCGCUGACGUCUCAAGACCUCUCCGGUUACAGGCUAGUGAACGGUGUGGAGGAGGCGGCCAACACACUGGAAGCACUGACUCCUGUUCCGAGAUACAUCCUGCCGUUGCGAAAUGGCGAGAUUGAGACUGAAGGAGUCCUUGCUGAAGGCAUUAACCAGGAAGGGAGCGUCGAGGACUUCCUCCGGCUGCAAAAACAGCGGCCAAAGCUCCGCUCGGUGGAGCUUUUGGAACUUUGCCUACCCAGCAGAGUGGGCUUUUCUUUUGUUUUUGUGCUGGGGACGUCACUCCAGGACAUCCUGUGCGUGUGGGAGCGCAAAGCAGUGGAAAGACACCACACGCUGGCGAACACUAGUGAGUUAGGAGCGCCCUCCGCUGCCAGCAUGGCGGGUGUGGCGGGCGUGCAGCAGCCGCAGAUGAAGCCCGAGGGCAAAGGCUGGGGAGGCGGCAGCUCCUGGGGCAGUAGCUGGGGCAAAGGCUGGGGCGGAAAGGGCUGGGGCAGCCCCAAAGGAGGAUUCUUUGGUGGCCUCAAGGGUAGCAUGAAAGGCAGCUGGGGCAAAGACAAGGGAAAAAGCAAGAUGAAGUGGCCAAGUGGCCCGAACCUCUCCAGAGCUCGGAUAUCUACCGAGCCGGUGACGGGCGAGGUGGUCGAGUGGAAGGGAAAGUAUGGCUGGAUACAGCCCACGGUGCCGGUGGAGCAUCCCAUGUCCGACAAGCAUCAGGGGCGAAUCUAUGUCAGUAUGAGUGACCUGCAGGGGGGGCUCGAGGCCCUGACGGUAGGCAGCCUAUGCCAGUUCCACCUCUUCCAGGAUGCAAGCGGGCUCGGAGCUGAGGAGGUCAUCGGCUCAUAG